AUGCUUGAGUUCAAACUCUCCACCCCCCCGGUCAUCGACACCGAGGUUGACACCUCCGUAUACGCCACCAAAGAACCCCCCGCCUGCUCCGCUCCCUGGCCCGCCGCUCCCCGCACCUUCGCUGCCGAAGCAUGCCUCGUCCUAAUUGGUAUCCACGGAUACGGUAAGCACUCACUAGGCUUUGUCGCCGCGACAGCGCUUAAGCGCCGCUUUAUCACCGGAGACCACUACAUUCGGGGGGUUAUAGGCGUGUCAGUCGGCUUUUUUUGCCUCAGGCUAGAGCGCAACACCCAGUGUCUUCCAAUGUUGUAUGACUACGAGUCUUAA